AGUAGCUGUGACCUAAGUUGUAGCUGCAGCAAAGCUGGAUACUUAAUCCGCUAUGCCAGGCAGGGGAUUAAACCUGUGUGCCAGUGCUCCCAAGGUGCCGCUGAUCCCAAUGUGCCACAGUGGGAACUCUUAGGCACAUUUUCUUAACUUUUUAAGGGUCCCACGUGUGGCAUGUGGCUAUUUCUGGGCUAGGGGUUGAAUGAGAGCUGCAGCUGCCUACCUAUGCCACAGCCAAAGCAACACUGGAUCCAAGCUGCUUCUGCAACCUACAGCACAGCUUUCGGCAACACUGGAUCCUUAAUCCACUGAGCGAGGCCAGGGAUUGAACCUGCAUCCUCAUAGAUGCUAGUCAGGUUCUUACACUGAGCCACAAUGGGAACUCUGGCAUAUUCUUAACUUAAAAAAAGAACUGUUCAGUAUUUCAAACACACUAAAAAAAGUACAAAGGAUAACAACAAAAAUACACGUACCCAGCUUAAUGGGUUUAUAAGAUUUUGUGCUAUACAUCCAUUACAUUUCUUUUUUAAAGAAUAAAACAGCUUUCCAGUGGUGACACUCUCCCUAUGGGAACAUACCCCUUGCAAAAGAUCUUCAUCCCUCCCCAGCAGAGGAAAGAGGAAACAACAAGAAGUGCCUGGUACAGAGCCCCAAUUCCUAUUUCAUGGAAGUGAAAUGCCCAGGAUGCUAUAAAAUCACCACCAUCUUUAGCCAUACACAAGUGGUUUUAUGUGCUGGCUGCUCUACUGUCCUUUACCAGCCUACAGGAGGAAAGGCAAGGCUUAGAGGCUGCUCCUUCUGAUGGAAGCAGCACUAA